UACCGGCGACGGUUCGUUCGCAGCCGUCUCUGCUGGUCUUUGCUUCGCGAUGCGCCCACUGAUGUGUGUUUCUGCACAUGGCCGUGCCGCCCAACGGGCUUCUACAUUGUUCCACGGUUUUUCGCACUUUACCACCGAAGAAUUAUUUUAUAUAUUACAUCCACCAUGACUACAUCUUCAGAAGAUGUUCUUAUGCAAGUAGGACAAGUGCGUUAUAAAAAGGGAGAUGGAACUUUGUAUGUCAUGAAUGAAAGAAUAGCUUGGAUGCUUGAUCAUAGAGACACAGUGUCCGUCAGUCACAAAUAUGCUGACAUUAAAUUGCAGAAGAUAUCGCCAGAAGGAAAAUCAAAAAUACAGUUACAAGUCGUUCUACACGAUGGUUCAUCAUCUACAUUUCAUUUUGUAAAUAGAAAUGGUCAAGAGGCACAGAUUAAAGAUCGUGACGACGUGAAAGACUUACUUCAACAGUUAUUACCGAAAUUUAAAAGGAAAGUGAACAAAGAACUGGAAGAGAAAAAUAGGAUGCUUCAAGAAAAUCCUGCGCUACUUCAGUUGUACAGAGAUUUAGUUAUUACGCAAGUAAUUUCAUCUGAAGAAUUUUGGACGCAGCAUGCUGCAGAAUAUACACAAGCUAAAAAGAGUCAAAGACAAGAAAUAGGUGUAAAUAGUGCUUUCUUGGCCGAUAUAAAACCGCAAACCGACGGUUGCAAUGGAUUGAAAUAUAAUUUAACCGUUGAUGUAAUAGAGUGUAUCUUCAAGACCUAUCCGGCAGUAAAGAGAAAACAUCAAGAGAAUGUGCCUCACAAAAUGUCGGAAUCCGAUUUCUGGACAAAGUUCUUUCAGUCGCAUUACUUUCAUCGGGAUCGUAUCAAUGCAGGGACCAAGGACCUUUUUACCGAAUGUGCCAAAAUAGACGAUCAAGAACUUAAAAAGGAUAUUCAGUCGGGUAUCAACGAUCCGCUGGUGGAUUUAACUUCUUUUGAAGAUAAAACCGUAGACGAACAUUACGGUCCCAAUAAAUCGGACAAACUUUCGGGAAACAUUGUACAUCAGAGUAUGAUUAAAAGAUUCAAUCAGCACAGCAUCAUGGUCUUAAAGGCUAGCACUGCCAAACAGUCCACGCAAUCCGUUCAGCCGCAAUUAAAUGGAUCAACGCCGUCGGCGAGUAAACCUACAGCACCCAGUAAUUUAGACGAACGACCAAAGACUAAAAAACUUAGAAUACAAGAGAAACUAAUUUAUGAUGAUCUUGAUACUACUCAGGACACGAACACGAUUAAUAGUGCACCGUUAAAUUUAACUCAUAUAGACAGGUAUUUACACGGUCCAGUGCCAGGAUAUGGCAGUACUGAACCGACGUCUGAAGAACUUUUUAUGACGGUAAAUCAGUUAAAAAAAGAAGCUAGCGGUUGGCUGACGGGAAGCAGUAUACCGAGGCAAUUAGCAACGUCAUUAGUUAGUCCGGCUGCGGCAGUCUCAGCUCUAGGAGAAUUGACUCCUGGUGGUUCUCUAAUGAAAGGCUUUAGAGAGGAGAGUCUUGGACAAUUAAUACCAAAGGAUUUAGAAAAAGAAUUACGAAACGUAUAUGUCUGUACGUGCGAACUUUUAAGGCAUUUCUGGCGAAGCUUUCCACCGACAACUCCGCAGCUCGAGGAGAAAGCUGUGAGGAUGCACGAAGCGUUACGCAGAUUUCAUUCUGCCAAACUUAAACCUUUCGAAGAUCGUGUUCAACGAGAGUUCUCUGCUGUUAGUCAACACUUGACGAGUCAUUUAAAUCAAUUGUUAAACACAGCAUAUAGGAAAUUCGCAGUCUGGCAGCAACGAAAGAUGCAAAUGAGGUAGCCACUGAAUAAGUUGUCGUACAAUUGAAACAGAAUCAAUGUGAAUAAAGAGCAGAGCAAUAUUGGUGAUCCUAUACAUAUUGCAUUUUACAAUGUUACCGUAAAUUAGGGAUUAAUAUGGGUGUAUUUCAUAAAAACCAAAGCUGAUUCGUGUCAUGCAUCCUAUGCUGCCACAUGUUUAUUUAUUUCUUAACUUUAAAAUUCUCAUAAAUCUAUUACUUGAGUUCAUUUGUAAAAACUACUUCAUUUCAUUAUAUUUAGUAUAUAGUUUAUUUAUUUAAUUUCCAUAAAUUGUGUGUCACAUUGUACGACUUAAUAUCGGUCAGUUGUUGAUAAUCAUGUUGAAAUUAAGAGAGAAAAUCGAAGCGGGGGGUGUAAUUUCGUAAUUAUGAAAAAGGAAAUUAUUAUUACGUAUAGGAUAAAGUUAGUAUUUAUAAAUUUUCAAAAAGAGAAAGUUGUGAUUGCAUGUGGGACGUCUAAAAUUUAUGAAAUGCAUAGACGAAUCGUGCGUAAAGAGAAAUGUCUAUAUAUUGUACGAUAUCAAAGUAGCUGUGAUACCGCCACUGUAUCUUAUCAGGCUUUAUUGAGUUUCAAUGCUAUUUAUUUUUCAAUGGUCUGUACAUAAGCCAGUACGUUAAAUGUUUAAUUACAGUGUAAUAAUAAUAAGAACGAUGUUCUAUACGUAAUACCACGUUAUAUUUUCAUUGAUUAACUAUCAUCACGCAGUGGCAUCAGUAUACUUUCUACGAUAUCUGCGAUAUACUCAACCAAGUGUCUUAAUUGUUGAAUCCUAUUUCUUUUUUUUUUACAUUAGUGAGUAAGGCAAUUAUUUGCGAGCACGAAAUUCUAUGAACUGCCUGCUCACUUUUCCUAGUAGCAAUAAUUUGGCAGUUAUUCAGGUGGGUGAUACCUAAUUCAAUUAAUGAGAAAACUCUGCUAUCGUACGGCGUUCGUAAAUUGCGCCACGAUCAUUAUAAUAAUAUCGAUUAUAAAUAUAUUCUUACAUUAUCAUUACAAUAAAUGUUAUUAUUGUGACUA